UCUUAAGUAUACCCCAACUGAGUAUAAUCGAAACGGAAUGUCUACCACUUCGGUGAUUUUGCUGAGCUUCUUUGUGAGUGCCACCGUGGCCUUAGUCUUUCCAGAACAAGAUUGCCCCGAAUACUUUACGUAUGGCAUGGAAAAAAACGGGAGUUAUAUAGGUGUUUUCACGGCGAAUGAAGCAGGCCAUAAUGUACUGCAAUUUAAUGCGACAUUUGCGUGGAAAAAAUUUAAUUAUCCUCUGAUAUCGGAUAUGGAGGCGUAUCCCAGCUAUGGUGAAGCCAUCGCAAAUAUUAACAAGGGACGUCUCGGCCAGACUUUUGUUCGAUUCAUAAAUAUUGGUGAUACGCUGCCCACACUUACUAAAUUCUACCUUAACAAUGAGUUACUGUGCAACUCAACAAUAAAAAAUGCUUGGAAGCGGCAUUAUACGAAAACAGCUUCAUUUACAUUAACCACCCUAGAAAAUAUACGAAAAGUCAAGAACACUCGGCCGAAAAUGCAUCCAAGCUUACCGGUAAUAAAACCCAGAGUAUUUAUAUAAUUUACUUACAUCACAAAUUAAAGUUUUAUAAACAUUCGAAUAAAAUUGAAUUUUUGAAAAAAAAUUGAGUUAAUUAGAAGAUGUUGUAUUCAUAACUUGUAUACCCUGCAUAGCAUAUGACAAUUUUCAAUUAAAAGUACAACAACGUUUUUAAAUGUAAGAA